AUGGAAGAGGCUGUGCAGUGGGCGACCAGCGGGAUGGACCACAAAACAGGAACAGAAAAGAACGCUCAGGCAGAGCAGAGGGGGAGGAGGAUCUCCUCGGACCUGCACUGUGAGAUUCUGGAUCUGAGCGGAGGAGAGAACAUCACAGAGCUGUGCAAAAGGAAAAAGAAGGUCAAGAAAGCAAACUCAGCCGGGGUGCCCGUGGAACUCCCUGUGAUUCAGCUGGAGGACACCACAGAAUUCAUGAAUGCAGCCAGUCAAGGCAAACUGAGUGUAAUAGACAAGUAUCUGGCUGAUGGUGGGAACCCUAAUGUCCAUGAUGAGCUGAAGAGGACGGCACUACACCGCGCCUCUCUGGAAGGACACGCCGCAGUGGUCCAAGUGCUUUUAGAACAAGGAGCCGAUAUCAACUUUAAAGAUCAACUGGGCUCUAGAGCCGUACACUGGGCCUGCAGAGGGGGAAGCCUGGAAGUCAUCAAAGCCCUGAAGAGCCACGGGGCUGACCUGAACGUUCGAGAUAAGUUGUACAGCACUCCCCUGCAUGUGGCCACAAGGACGGGCCACACCGCCAUUGUGGAGUACCUGCUGUCCUGUGGUGCCAAAAUAAACUCCAGGGACAGGGAAGGCGACACAGCCCUGCAUGAUGCUGUGCGUCUCAACAGGUAUAAGAUAGUGAAGCUGCUCAUCGUUGCAGGGGCUGACAUGAAAAUAAAAAAUCAUGAGGGAGUGACAGCGGUGCAGCAGGUAAAACAAUGGCAGUUUGACAUCAUGGAAACCCUGCAGAGACUGGAGAAGCUGAGGGAGGCACCGCCUGAAAACACCCCAAGAGAGAGGAGUGAAUAG